AUGAAUCUAUCAGAUCAUACUAUCUAUUCCGCAACUCAAUCAUUACUUAUCAAUGCCCAUUGUUCAACAUUACGACGUAAAGCAAAAAAUAUUGAUACACAAGAAUUAGCAGCGAUGUUAGAUGAUGUUGUUCGUGAAUUGAAAUCUACAGUAUCACGUUCUGCAAUAUAUUUUCACUGUUUCAAUGAAAUAGUUCUUGCAUUAAAUUCAGCUUUACCAGCAUCAUUAAUUCCACUUUAUUCACAUUACUUUUUCGUUCUUCUACGAAAUACAAUACAAGUUCUUCUACAAGAAUUAUAUACAAGACAUGAAUUAAAUCAAUUAGCAACAUAUGCACUUCGAAAUUGUAUUCUACUUCUUGAACAUAUAGUUUCACAAACAAAUGAUGUCACGAAAAUUUUACAUUGGAUAACUGAAUUAACAUUUAUUAAUUCAUUAGCAAAUUGUUUAAAUCAAAUAGAACAUAUAUUGAAAGCUAAGGAUAGUAAACUUUAUAUACGACAAAUAGCACGUUUAUUAAAUAUAUUUAAUAGCAUACAAGAACGUUUACCAUUAAAUUUACAUCAGAAUUUAUUUCUUCCAUUACUUCAACCAGUAAUUAAAUGCUUAACAUCAUCUACUUAUAUACAAAUAUUUAAAGAUUUGAGACCAAAUUCAACAAAUUUAACAUCAUCUCAAAAAUUAUUUCUUGUUGAAUGUCCUCAAUUUCUUACAAUUUAUAAUGGUCCACAGAUAGAAGAUACUAUUGAAAAAAUUUUAGAAAUAAUGCUACCACGUUAUGUAUUCAUAAUUGAUUUGCAUAUAAAAACUAUUAAAUAUUGGCAUCAUUCAGUAAAACAUGCGAUGUAUAAUCUUCUCACAGUUCUGGUCUAUGCUGAAAGUUAUUUUACAUUGUAUUUAAGUAAUGAAUCACUUCAAACAUUUAUUAAUCAUCUUUUACGUUUGAUAAGUGAAUCUGAAUUAAUUAGAAAUAUAAAACAAGUCCCGAAUAAUCCUGAAACAUUAUUAAUUGAUGCAGCACUUCAAGUUUUUAG